CAGCCCCCACAAGUCUUAAAUCCAGCUGAGGACAUGUGUGUGAUAGUGAGCUGGCCCUUGUGACAGGUUCACACUAGAAUGAAAAUCCUCUCUCCCAUUCCCCAUUUCUUGGAGGGCUAUAGUCAGGUUCUGUCAGUGAUCAGAUGGGAUUAUCUGUGGCUGAGAUUCUGUGCGGGAGUGAAGAGAAAACACAAUCAUAAGGCCAGGGGUUGGGGGGCCCUGCACGGGCUUCCUGGGUAGGAGAACAAUGCAUGAUGAGGCUGUCCUGAGGAGAGUGAGUGGCCUUUCCCAGGUACAUGUGGAUGAGCAGAGGCUCAGGCUGUGAAGGGCAUGGGGCCAGACACCUACCCCAUAUUCUGUGACAAAGAGGAUGGCCUGUCACCUGAGAAUAGCUCUGAAAGCUAUAUCCCUGAAUCUGAGCUGGUCAGCGGCUCAGACUCCAGAGCCGCCUACCUGUUCCAUGGUUCUCCGUGGGUUCACCAGAUCAAGAGCGCCUCUGAAGCCCAGUUCUCAGCUUUGCUGGUUUCAAGCUGUUGAGAGCCGACUGGUCUCCAGCAUAGAUCUCAGUGGCCUUUUGCCUUCCCCCGCUCUACAGUGAAGUCACAAGACAGUGUGGCUUUGACACUAGCCACUUCAAGUGGAUGGACAAGUGAGAAUUUGCUUGGCCACAGCAAUCAAGUGGCUUUAAGCACACAACAAAAGCAGGCUCCGAAUGCCAAGGAAGCUCUGUAGGAUAACUAUCCUGAGACAGAGCCAGGCUCAGCACCAGAGUGGGCAGCGUGAAUGGCGGGCUGCUCAACACCAACAGAGCUCCAUCUACCCACAAGAUUCCAACAAUAGUGGUACAGGAAGGUGGUUGAUGCUUCCUGCUCAGCAGCGCCUUCCAUGAUGCGGGGUUUCUGGGGUAAGGACUGAUGCAUGGUAGGACCUAAGGAGGCACAAUCCAGAACCUGUCAUAGAGAGUUCAUUAAUAUUGUUUAUAGAUUCUAGAAGCUUCUUUAUCUUGGUCCAGAGAGGCGCAAAAGCUAUUGUGGGACCAAACUUGUUUCCAGGGUCUAGGUCAGUUGGGUUUCAGGAAAGGUGGCUGGGCCCAGGAAUUGCAUGUUCAGGAGUGAAAAACAAAUUUCCUGCUGAUUACCUAGUUCGGUUGAGGUCCAUAGAGAAAUAAUACAGUCAUAAUAAACUCUGGACACAUUUGGUGCAUCGUGUGGUUAUAUGAACAAAAAGAGGGAGAUUUGUCCAUGUUUAAACCACAGGGUUGUUCAAGGCUAAUGAGGAAAAGAACCUGCUGGGAGGGUGUGAACCCAGGAGACAUUAAGUUCAAGAGAAACUCAGGUGUGAUGGAGCCUGGGUCUCCAUACCUCACAUAGCACAAGAUGGCAAGAAAUGAACACAUAUGGACCUCAGUUGUAUCAGGGCAGUCCCGGCUCGGCAAAUGUCCCAUCAGUGGGCCCUCAGAGGAGGGAGCAACAAAAGGUCAAGUCCCCUUGUUGGGCAUGAACCCCCUGGAGUCACAGACAUGAACCCUUUCACUGAUUCAUUUAGGGGACACAUACUCAUGACCCUAAUGCGUGGCUGGAAUUCUUCAUGCAGCCAACUUACAAUUGAGAUGUAGGGAAAGUGAACUCUACCUGGUGGUUCAGUAGAUGGGCCUUGGCCGGUUUGUGAAAAAGGACUAAGACAUCUGAGAGUAAGAAGUGCUUUGUAGAGAGCACGGCUGGCCUCAUUGCAGGAUGAAGUGGGUCAGGGGUCAUGGUAUUCCCUAGUGGCAGGGUGUCUACCUUGAUGAUAUUUUGUGACCCCACUUACAGAGAAGUCCUGAUGGGGCAUCCAGGCGGGGAAGGGACAAUGAGGUGAGUCCCCAGGCAGGGGCCAAGCCAUCUGGGACCCAGAAGAUGGUCUCUGGUUGUGAAACUCAGCCUAGUUCUCAGCAGCAGGAGAUCAGAGGCCAGAUCUCAGGGAUCAUAGCUCAGGGCAGCCAUGGGCAGACGCAGGGCAGGAGUGUGAAGGGAAGCCUGGCCCAUCCCCUCCACCCGAGUUACUCAUUCCCCAGGGUCCUUUGUGAGCACAGCACUUGGGUGGCGCAGACCUUCCAGAGCAUUGUGUGUCUUUCUUUAUCUACAGGUGACACUAAGUUGAUAUUCAUCAGAUCCCAACAACAACAACCUUCAGCUCCAUGAUGGAUGUGUGUUUGGCCAUGAGAGAUGGACAGGAGGGACAUGGCUAGUGCCAAGUGGGCACACGUCCCUGUCCAUGGGGGAUAUAAAGGGCACCCUGUGAGGAGCCAGAGCACACUCUGCCCAGGUGACCUGCCUUGUGUGAGAGCCCAGUGCCUGGAGAUGAAGAGCCUGCUCCUCACCAUCCUGCUGCUGGGGCUGGUGGCUGUCCUGAAGGCUCAGGAAGCCCCGCCAGAUGACCUGGAGGAUUUCUCUGGGAUCUGGUACACACAGGCCAUGGUGUCUGACAGGAAUCACACAGAUGGGAAGAGACCUAUGAAAGUGUUCCCUAUGACCGUGAUAGCCCUGGAAGGAGGGAGCUUAGAGGCCCAGCUAACAUUCUGGGACAAUGGUCAUUGUCACAUGAAAAAAAUUUUGAUGCAUAAAACUGACGAGCCUCACAAGUACACUGCCUUCAAGGGCAAGAAGACCAUCUAUAUACAGGAGACUUCUGUAAAGGGCUACUACAUCUUGUAUUGUGAAGGCCAGCGCCAUGGGAGGUCACAUCGGAAGGGGAAACUCAUAGGGACAAACUCUGAGAAAAACCCAGAGGCCAUGGAAGAAUUCAAGAAAUUUGCAAUGAGCAAGGGAUUCAGAGAAGAAAACAUCAUUGUACCCGAGCAGCUGGAUCAGUGUGUGUCUGGGAGUAACUAGGGAACAUGCAGACACUUGCCAGGUCACACGUGUAAGAAACAGUCACUCUCCUGCCUAUGGCUCUCCAGCAAUAACUGCACAAAUGCUUGAGGAUAGAAGACCACUGGCCAGCGCCUCCCACUCCGCUGUAUUCUCAUUGGCACAGCAGCCAGCCCAUCAUGGAUGCACUUGCUGAUCCUGCCCUAAAGCCAACUCAGUUCUGAGACGCCCUUGGCGCUCCCUAACCCUGGACCAUUUUCCUCACCUUCACUGAUGGACUUCCCUUUGACCUUGGCUUCACCUGCCCCCAGCCCCAGCGACUCCUAAUAAAGCAUUUCAGCAUCA